AUGGACAUUUUUAUUGACGACGCCUCCCCCCAGCUCGUGUACCGCUCGAACUCGAACGGGUGGAUAACAGACCACAGGAACGGUGCGUCUCCAAGAACCUCGGGCAUGACCAAUACAGUCUCUCUACAUUCCACGCUACCAGUACCGAAGCACGGCGACUCUCUAACGGUCAAAUUCAACGCCACCACCGUCUCCCUCUAUGGCGCCAAGAGGCCAAAUCACGGGAUAUUUGGCGUGAUCAUUGAUGGCCGUGAUGAGCAAUUUGUUAGUGGCUGGGCAGAGGAAAGUGUGUAUGGGCAGAGGGUGUUCAAGGCAGUGGACCUACCUGCCGAGAAGGAACAUACUAUGACAGUGACGAACUUCCCAUCGAAAACGACUGGACAAACCGACGACGGGACUGGGUUCUGGCUGGAUAUUGACUACAUCGUAUUUCAUUCCUCUCUCGACGGCAAAGAACAGGUCUUUACAACGAUACUGGAAGAUACCAGCCCGGCCAUCACUUACGACGACGCCUGGACGCCAGACGGGGAUGGGGACAGUGCGUCUUAUAAUCAAACCGAGCAUGUUUCUACCACCCAGGAUUCUGGAUUUACGCUUAAUUUCAAUGGGUCGUCGAUACAGGUGUUCGCUGCUGUGGGACCGAAUCACGGGCAAUAUUCAGUCAGUGUGGAUGGAGGGGAAGAAGAGACAUUCAACUCAAGUUGGCCAGAGACGGUCUACAAAGUGCCCAUGUACACAAUCUCCAACCUCCCCGACUCUCCCCACACCCUCCAGUUUACCAACCUCGAAGCCAAGUCACUCGGAUUCGACUAUGCCGUCAUCAAUUCUACCCUUUCUUCUUCCUCAUCCAACAAUGAAUCGUCGCCUAUCCUACAAGGCACGACCGUCUCCUCCGCCUCUGAAAGCGCAGCCUCAGAGAAAGCCAGUGAAAGCACCAGGUCGGUAGGCGCCAUAGCCGGUGGGGUUGCUGGUGGAGCUGUCGGCCUCGGGUUGGUAUUCCUCCUCGCUUGGGUGCUGUUCUGGCGCAAGAAGGGAGAUCAUUCGCGGUUGGCAGACGGCGACGGUGAUGCCGAUGGGCUCGGGAGAAGGUCUUCAUUCUACUAUUCCAAACCUCCCCAACAAACUCGAUCUCGUUCUCAAAAAUCGACUCGCACCACGGUAUCCACGGCGACGACUUCGAUGAGAUCGAUGAGACGAGCGCUUGUAAAAGUGGAUUUGGCGGAAAAGUCGGACGAUGAUGACGAUUCGGACUGCUCCAGUGCGUCUUCUAGAAGAGAUGGACACUAUUCGCGAGGAGGUUCGGUGCGCGAGAGUCUGCAUGCGCCUCUUUCUGCGCCUUUGGUUACACCCAGAAGCGGGGGGCUGGAAGCACAGAUGUCCCGCCCUGCUCAGCCAGCCACUGAUCCCCAUUACCCUGCUCUCGCAUCCUCUACCCCCGCGCCCGACUCCCGCCCAUUCUUGACUCUCGUCCCACCCCCACCGACGUCCAACGCUACUUCCUACAUCCCCUCCGCCGGUCCUUCUCGCGGACCAAACACGCUCGGCCGCUUACCGUUCAGUGCCCCUGCGCCUAGCACGACAGCACCGAGUGUGUAUUCGCAGGAAGGAACGUAUGUCGAGCCGCCGCCUGAGCCACUCGAACCGCGACAUGUGAGGGGAGGUAAUCGACAGGGACAAGGCGAAGGCGAGAGGGGAGAGUUGUUGGAAGACAAGUAUCUCUCUUGGGGUUCUCGCGCUUCUGGCGGAAGCGGAGGGUUGAACAAGCUUCAACGCGAAUCGGCUUAUGCCCUGUCUACACCUGGGGUGUCACAAAGCAGAUCAUCGACGAGAGGGACGUAUACACUCCGCCCUCUUCCUCGCACACCCCUUCCCCAAACCAAUGGGCACGGCAACGAUAGAGACGACAGGCCGGGGACCGCGGGGAGCUAUCGGUCGUCCAGGGGUUCCCGACCGGGUACUGCCUCAAGCCAAAUAUCGGCGCAUUCCCUUCACGUCACUUCUUCCCCUUCAACUCAGAAUGGUGCUUCACCUGUCUCCCCUCCGCCCAAAAGAACAACAUCACCCACACCAACGGUGUCGGCGACAGCGGCAGGCAAUAUCUCGUCCACCGAACUAGCAUACAAAGCCGAACUCGUAUCCCUUCCUUACACGGCAUCUCUUCCGCGCAAUGGUCGCGCAGGUGAUGUUGAAAGGGCAGAAGAGAGGAUCAAAGUACCCGGGAGGGAAGUUGAUAUGGGGCCUCUACCUGCGGCUAUGGCUGUGGCUGCGGCAGGGAAUGGAGGUAGUUUACCGCCGGGGUAUUUCGAGGCUUUGAGAGGGGAGUUGGGAGGUGGACGGAGGUGA